AUGUGGUCCAUUCUUCAUCUGGUUGUUAUAUCAGCUGCUUUCCGGUGCAUUAGUGCAUCUACUGACACGGCCACCAAACCAGCCCAUCCUCUUCUGAACAUCACGGCAUUGUCAUCCCGUGACGGGUAUUCGGUCCUGGAAUGCUGGCAACUGGCCUCACUUCCAGUCGACGCAAUGCAGGCGGCCAAUUACGUUGUUGGUGGGCAAACGACAAAGGCAGUUUGGUCACGCAUUGAACCUCAUACUUACAUUGGUGAGGCAUGGGCACCACACGCACAACUCUCCAUAAUACUGAACGGACUUAUCAGAAUCACAUCGCCGGCUCCGAGACCGACUGAUGGACUUGGAAAAGGUCUGCUGAACGAUUCCGUCAUGAUGUCAAUUGGCCACGGCGAAGGCGACAUGGGAGUAGUGGGAGAAGACCAGGAAUACAAAAAACCAGAAACCAAAACCGCCUACAUCCUCCCAGGAACUCUCAGGUCGUCUAUGCUCAUCGCAGCAGAUUUGAAGAGCAUCAGUACCCUAGCGGGCCAUUAUACAGAAUUCCCGAGCGAUGAGCCUACUCUGCUAGUGCAGAUCCCUUUUGAUGGGGAUGUAGUACCCGAGCACAUCGUCUUGUAUGAGGGCGGUUGUCACUAGAUGGAAUAGAGUUUGUAGAA